AUGAAGCCAUUUGGAUCAACUAUGAGGCCGGAACUUAUUUUCUACCGAGACAUGUCCGGUCCAAAACCAUCCAUAUUGCGAGCUAGCUACAAACCAAUCUCACAAGGUGUUAAGCGAGAACACUUCCUCCUCGUGUUCGACCCCGACUACAACACGGCUGUGCACUUGCAGCUCAUUAGUUGGGCCAACAACCCGCCCGACCAAGAGAGGAGAGCCAAUGAUCCUCCUAAUCCAGCAGAAGCUAGAGCUGACCAGCCAGCACCGGCCAGAGACGUUCCUCCACCCAAUCCGAACGCGCCCGAUGCAGCUGAGCCGCUACAGCCACCUCUUAACCCGCCGCGACCACCACCGGCGUUUGCAAAUGGACAUCAUCGUCACGGUGACAACCAAGGGAUGCCUCAAGACCAACCUCACGCACCUCCAAGGAGAGUGCCAAACGCGCAGCAUCCAAGGCACCAAACUAUGGGAGACUUUGAUUCUUCCGAUGCUUUCUUUAUGGAUCGGAAUCCAAUCCGACCGCCUCUACCUCCAAGGAACGAUUUUGAGAUCAAACCGCAGAUCAUUGCCUUGGUGAAGCAAAACCAAUUCCAUGGUUUGCCCACUGAGCAUCCUCUUGAUCACGUCGACACCUUUGAGGAGAUAUGUAGCACAACUCGUGUUAAUGGAGUAUCGCCGGAUUACUUCAAGUGCAAGCUAUUCACUUUUUCUCUAAGUGACAAGGCGCUAAGAUGGGUAAAAUCUUUACCACCUCAGUCCAUUACAACAUGGAAUGAAUACAAGGGAGCUUUCUUGAACCAAUUCUACACUAAGCAAAGAUCCAACUCUAUAAGGAGCAAGAUUUCUGGUUUCAAGCAAGAUUCAAUGGAGUCAUUCUAUGAAGCUUUGGAGAGAUUCAAGGAGUACACAAGAAGCUGCCCUAACCAUGGCUUUUCAGAAGGUAACCUUUGGAACAUCUUUUACAAUGGGAUUGAUCAUAAAUACAAGCUUUCUCUCGAUACCGCGAGCAAUGGUAAUUUCAUGACCAAGUCGGUGCCGGAGGCAAAGCUUUUGAUUGAGAAUCUCGCUGCUAGUGAUGCCAAUGCAUGCCCUGACUACAAUAGAAGCGUGAAGACCACGAGCUCAUCAGAAUCAGCUCAAAUCUCGGAGCUAAGGAACAUGGUCUCACAACUACUUAAAAGCCGACAAGGAGUUCACGCCAUUGAAGAUGCCCUAGCCACAAAUGAAGACACUCUUAUGGAUUUCAUGAGAGAUGGCACUGAAGAGAAUCUAGAGGAAGUCAACUACAUUGGAGGAAACUAUGGGAAUAGAGGAUUCAAUCCACCAUUUCGCGCGCAUCCAAACCUAUCAUACCGGAGCAACAAUGUGGAGAAUCCAAAUGACCAAGUCUACCCCAAUCAAGGAGCGUAUCAAGGAGGCCAAUACCAAUCCAAGCCACAACAAGUCUAUCCAAGAGGGAUGUACCAAGUGAAGCAACCAUUCACUUUUUCUCAAGAAACAAAUCCAACCCAAACCGGAGAGAAGGUUGACGUGGCCUUGAAGAAAUACAUGGAGGAGCAGAGAUUGAUCACCAAGAACCUAUAUGAGAAGCUUGAUCACAUGUUUUGA